GGUUUGGAAAGGUUUUGGAGACAGCUGCUUUUCAAACCACUUCUUGUGUGCAACAUGUUUCUUUGUAAAUGCACAGCCUUUCCUCUCCUCGUUUUCUCCUGCUGUUUACUUAAGGAUGUGAAUCCUGAGGAAAAUACGGAUGUACCAGCAAUCUCUAAAUAUUUCAACACGAAAGGUAGGUACGAGGAAGUGAAUCCGUAUCUCAUAGAGGACAUACUCGCUGUAAACAGAUCCAUCCUGCAGCCUCCAUCUGCACAAUGUCGCCAAAUACAUCUGACCGCCAUCAUAAGACACGGCACGAGGUACCCGACGAGCAAAAACGUCAAGAAGAUGCAGAAGCUCUACGAGUUGGUCAAGAACAUCGCCCCGGGCAAAGAGAGCUGGCUGCGUGAAAUCCAGACCCAGUGGACCAUGUGGUACACUGAGGACAUGGACGGCCGACUGGUCCAGAAAGGUGUGAACGACCACAGGCAUCUGGCCGUCAGGCUGUCAAAGCUGUUCCCCUCACUGAUUUCUGAGGAGAAGCUCAGAGGUGGAUUCAUCAAAUUCAUAACCAGCUCCAAGCACAGGUGUGUCAACAGCACACUGUCCUUCAAGGCAGGACUGACAGAGCUGUGGGCUAUUACAGAUAUGGAGUUUGACCACGCAGUGAACGAUGCUCUCAUGAGGUUCUUUGACCAGUGCACCAGGUUUGUGCAGGAAGUUGACAAAAACCCUUCAGCUCUGUCAGAGGUGGACAAGUUCAGGCAGGGACCAGAGAUGAGGAGGGUCACGGAGAAGAUCGCAGACCGGCUCAAAGUCCCCUACAGUGACAUCACACAAGAUAUGCCGAAUGCGGCAUUUUACCUGUGUGCUUAUGAAUUUGCAAUCAAGGCAGUGAACUCCCCCUGGUGUCAACUCUUCGAUGAGGAUGACGCAAAGGUCAUGGAUUAUGCAAGUGACCUGAGGGAAUUCUGGACAAGAGGCUAUGGUUAUGAUAUCAACAGAAAGUCGAGCUGCAUUCUCUUCCAUGAUGUGUUUAACCGGCUGAACGAGGCAGCCAACGAGAGCAAGGCUGGGCAGCAGGUGACCCAAGCUGUGACAGUCCAGGUCGGCCAUGCCGACACCCUCCUGCCACUGCUCACCCUCCUGGGCUUCUUCAAGGACAGCGAUGCCCUGACCUCCACCAACUACGCCACGCAGGCCCAGCGCUCCUUCCGCACCAGCCACAUGUUACCCUAUGCAGCUAACUUACUCCUGGUGCUGUACGACUGUGGCGAAGGCGACCUGAGACUGCAACCGCUGCUCAACGAGAAGCCUGUGACCUUCCCCGGUUUGACGAGCCAGUCGGCCUCCGUGCCGCUCUAUCAAGACGUCAAAGAUCACUACAGGGAGCUGCUCCAAGGCUGUGACUUCGAGACUGAGUGUCAGCUGUUCAAGAGCCCUGCUUAAGUCUCAGCAGACAGGCUCGAUCCUGGAAAAGAGGCAUUGCAGUGGCUUUAUUCUCUCUUUUUUUGUUGUUGCUAAACAGAACAAAUAUAAUGCUCCUAGCAUGAAGAUGUUACUGGUUGAAUGGGGAUUUUUCUAAAUGCUUUGCUUUUGAAAAUUAAAAUAUGAAUGCUGUCACAUUUUCAGGAGGCACUUUUGUGUUUUUUGAAACACUGAAUUAAAAAUAAAGAAAUUCCUUAAUGUUUUUGGGGUUUUGCUGACAUGUGUCUUUCUUUCUUUCAAUAAAAAUAACUGUAAUGUAGAAAAUG